CUUCAAUUCUUCUUGAUGCCUUUCUCCAUGCCACCAAUGUUAUUACAGCGGUAAAUUCAAUACUUUUACGGUCUUCGCUUUUAUAAAAAUUGCUUGAUCUUUUAUUUAGCGAUGUACAUCGGUACAAUCUCGGGCUCUAUAACACGAUUAUUUACUGCAACUACAAAUGAUUUGUCUCCUCCUCAGCGAUUAAGGCUUGUCGCCUGUGAUGUAAUAACUCCGAGGCAAAACAGGAGAGCGAAGGUAAGUUCAUGUUAAUAACGCAGUUUUUGCGUUCUCUCGCGUUAUUUUUUUUGUUGCCAACACACUUCUCAUCCGCUGCGUUUCGCACAUUUAGUGUUUAUGAUGUGAUAACCAACCGUUCAUCGUCGUAUCGAAAGGUCAAACAACGCUGUUCUAGAUGAAGCUAAAAACAAAAACGAUAUUUGCAUUUGAAAGGCUUUCAUUACCCGCAAAAGGUGUGAAUUUUGAUCAGAUUUUAUCAAUACUUUAACAACAUCGAAUAUUCAAUUUCGGAUUUUUGUUGAGUGAACUUUGCUAAAAGGGGAGCACGUUUAGAUAGGUUCACGGAACUCUUAUGUCGAUUUUCCUACAAGAAUUUUGCGUGCCAUGAUCUUAAACUUGGCCUGACAUUCGACCCAAAAUUGUUAAUUACCAGCUGAAAAAAAAAGAAGACCAAAACAUAAGGACUUUGUUUCAAAUGACAAGGACUAAAGCUGCCCUAGGCUUGAAGUCUUCAGCCAUAUAAAUGAUUUUUCUUUUAAGACACUAUGUGCACAUUGACGACAGGGUAGUAGAAAAGUUCUUUAACGUUAACUCCUUGUUCAAGAUGACACAGGAUUAUUCAAAUUGACUCGUAGAUCGCAAAUAUUGGGUGUCAAUUGCAAGUCAUUGAUGAGCUGUCUUGUGUUAUUGAGGCUUUUUAGAGUUUCUUUCCCUCAUCAAAAAAUAAAGAGGAGCGCAUUUCUUAUUAAUUUUCGAGGUAGAAAAGAUUAAAGACAAGCAUGGUCCUGCUUGGCUUGGGUUCAUGCGAAACCCAAGGCUGUGUGAAUGCCUUUUGAGCCAAAGAAACGUAAGCACAUGUCACGAUUAUUUGACGAGCCACCGUAAGCCUUUUUGCGAGGUUCUAUGAAAAAGAUUUCUGUUUGAGCGAAGGGAAGCUUCAGAUUGUUUAUGUGAUUCCUGGAAAAAUCAUUAUUACCUUGAAGGCAUAUCCAUUGGGGUAUGAAAGUGUUGCGGAACGAAUUCUGGAAGACCUUUCGAGAAAUUUAAAUUAUCAUAAAUUGGUGGUGUUAUUUUGCAUUCAUGCAUAACGAAAAAUGUCCCUGCUCUCAAUCACGUGCACCCUUUGGGCUCAAUUUCCCGGCUAUCAUCGGAUACCUUCCGAGAAAAGUUUCAAGUACAUCCCACCGAAAACCCAGACAUUGUCUUCGUCUGAUGACAUUUGCCUUAAUAAGAUCAGCCGAAAGUAUUGCCUGAUCCGUAAUUCAAGCACGCAAGAAUCUUGAGAGUCAACAUCCUUCAAAUUUUGGCAGAUUUCCUUCGCCAAACAUGACAGCUAUCAAUAUAACAGUGUUUCUAAUAGGGUAUAUUUGACUGAUAUUAGGAUGAGCUGCGAAAGGACGACCAAUGUUAUCUGAAGAAAAGUUUAGAAACAAUCUCAAGAACUCAGACCUCUAGUGCAGAUUAUACUCCUGGUUUUUGUAUUUUCUCCGUACUGUUCUUUAUACUUCUCCUGAGGUGCUGACAAGUAGAAUUUUCUCAACAAUCAAGAGCUUCUUUAGCUGGUGAAUUUUUUCUUUAUUCUUGUGACUUUAAUGUUUGAUUCAGUGGUAAUAUUGUAAGAAGAAAUUAGAUGCUAUAGCCACUCAACUUCUACGCCUAACGACGAAUUUUUUUCGCCGUUUUACGGCUAUAGGUUUUUCCAUUUGAAAACUUCAGUUUAGAGUGGGUUUUCAAAAUCGUCUUUGCUCGCCUCCAGCAUCAAACGCUUAUGUUGAACCUGCAAAACGCUUGAACAAUCCUCGUCUACUUUCAAGCUCAUGGGCGCGUAACUUUUGGGAUGUCAUUCAGUGCUCUCUAAGAGAUGUUCCCAAAUAAAUUAUCUAAGCUCAUCCUUCAAGAAAAAGAAAAAAAAAAGACUAGUCCCCUGCGUUUAGACGCGGUUUUUCUGAAGUAGUGCAUGCGGUCGAAUUUAAGCUAUAUUUUAAGUAUAAAUUUCAGGCUUCAAUUCCUAUUUUGCUUGGCUUGAAUUGUUGUAACUCUUAAGAUCAUUCCUGUUUUCCAAGAAUGAAACAGCUAAAGAAUUGGGUCAAUCUCAACUCGCGUUUCGACACUAAACAAACAAAACAUAAAGGCGUAAACAUAAAGGGGUGACCAAGAGUUACAAAGUUGAAAAAUCUCUUUGGGCAGCCAAAAAAUAAUUUUACCUUUGUUUCUCAAUGAUUGGAAGAGUGAUGGUUUGAAGUAAGGUCUCGUUGCGAAGCUUGAAGAGCAAUGCAAUCCCGUACUGAGUUAUAAAGAAAAAUUAAAAAAAAUACGAAAAAACAAAACAAACUAAACAAAAAAACAUUGGAGUAGCUCUAAUUGCAUCCUUCUAUAACAGCGAUAUGUGGAAAGAAAUUCGAUCAAAAUAUGAGAGCAAGAAUAGAGUUCAAAGCCACGCUUGUUAAACAACGAAAAGUCCGAUAUCAGAUAAUUAUUAUGCAACGCUACCUUAGGAAUACAUUAAGAUAUGUUUAUUAGCAGGUAUUUGUCGCGAAAUAUUUUUGCGAACAAAACUACAUGCGACAUUUUGCUCGGAGCGAUUUCAGUAAUAUAAUCUAUUUUAGCAAGCAGACUUGAUAUGUGUUGGCAUUUGUCGUUACACUCAUUAAUAUGGCAAAAACUGCUAAAAUAAAAAAAUUCUUGAGGUAUAUUGGUAAGCAAGAGAUCUAAAAUUUCUUGUGGUAUUUCAGUGCGGGAUAGUGUAUAGAUUACACCAGUUCUUUGAUCUAUCGAUACUUAAUGUCACAAUUUUUAAUCAUUUUUAUUUAUUGACACACCGUUUAUUGUAAUGUUUGUAACACAAACCAGUUUCAGUGAGCUCCCCCCCCUUUUCUGAUUGAACUGUAAUCUUUUGAAAGAUUUGUCCUUCGACGAAAGUUAUCCUUUUUUCGUUUUCCGGUUUUUCUUCCUUUUUUAGACUCAGAGCCAUCCAAAGGUUUCAACGAUGAAUCAACGUAGCUCUGAAACUAUAAAUUAGAACGAAAUACAAAAUACAUCCGGAAUUAAAUCAUUCAACUUGUGUAUGUAGCCUGAGACAUUUAUGGUGCAUUGUGUAUUUUCCUCGUUUCUGAAAUGGUGAUGUAUUCAAAGACAGACAAAACACUCAGUUCACAACACGGGGAGUGAUUAUUUUUGUUAUCAAUAAAAAACAUCAAGAGCUCUGUCAGUUUUAGUUUAGCGAAAUCUGUUUACUAGCGUUCAAUAACCGACCCUCGAAACCUCAGCGUAGAACUAUCUAUUGUGGCCAAUUUACAUUUACAAAUCAGCAGAUAAAAUCAAAUUAUCUUACACUUUGUAUUACCAUCAGCUCCAAAUGCAGUACCAGAGUUUCUUUGGAAACUUAUCCCCUUUAUUUAUUUACUUACAAUAAGUUUGAGUCCUCUAUUCUGCAUAGGUUUUCCGUGUGACCAUGCGGUAAGGGAGGGACUCACGCAAUUAGACAAAGCUUAUGGUUUGAGUGUGACAUUGACUGCCACCGAUCAUUUUCAAGCGUUAAUAAUGCAGGGUAACAUGUCUGUAUUCCGUGAAAUGAGAAAAAAAAAAAUAUAUAUAUAUUUCAGAUACUUAACUACAAGGGCAGGAGCCCAAUUUAAUGGCUCCUGACAAGGGCCAGUUUAUGGAUUACAGAAAAAAUUAACAAAAUCGGCGGAGUACAUUUUAUCUGUUUUCGUGCUCUUUACAGCAGCCAAUUUACGUUAUCAACUCAAUUGAGAAAACUACAUUACCCUGUUCUGCUCUCCCACCGACACAUCACCACAGUUUCUUUAGAGACAUUCCCCCUUUCUUCUCUUGAUGCCUUGGUGUGAUAUGAUACCAGCUGGCUCAUAGGAGCGCGGGCUCGUUUUCCGAACCCUUGUUUUGCCUGGAGAUCUUGGGUCACACGAACAGCAGGUCACCUAUUAGCCACAGAAUCCUCGCGUGCCAAAGAAAUCCUCACGUGUUCGCGCACAUGAUCAGUCGUGAAAAAUGUUGGGACAACCGCAAGUUAACAGAAUCUUGGUUCGCACGAUCGACAGAAGCUAUGUUUGCACUAGUGUCUGCUCAAAUCAAUCACCAAAAUGAUUCAAACUUUCCUUAAUGAUUUCAAACGUUCUUUUCUUCUGCCUCCAGAACUUUGAAAAUAAUAUUCCGUUGAAAGAUAACAAGAAGAAGAAAAGCGUGAAUCCGGCUUUCGAUUUCAAGCAAUACUUGAAAAACCUGUUUCAAUCUUCCGUUUCUUCCUUUUGUAAACGAGGUAUUUUUUGCGAUAAUCCAUUCACGACUUAUUUUCUUUAGCGGCUGGACUGUUUUCCGUUUCGCAUGCUGUACAGUCCAUCGAGAUCUUCUCUCCCUUAAGCUAUGCCGUCAAGUCAGGAUGAGGUAUGUUUGUAUCGAAUCUGUCUCACCAUUUAGAGAAUCUCACACAUUAUCAUUUGCCGGCAAACAUUUCAGGCACUGUAUUCGGCACCUCUGAUAAUUAUGAUGCUACUCUUGAAGAGAGAGUUUUGCCAAAUCAGGAACGCUUUCGAAGACAUUGAACGCAUCAAAGAACAAGGGAUUGUCGCAUUCUAAUUAAAUACACCGCUUAUUUUUUCAGUUUCUUCCCACAGACGAAACCACCGGUUAUAUUUACUAUUUAUAAAAGGCAAGCGAACGAAGGAAAAAAAACAGACAUACUCUGCGGCUGUGAUCCUUCAAUGUGUGUAAUAUCGGCUCUUUAUUUGAAAAUAUCGUGAAAUGGAAAUUGUACAUUCGCAUGUGUGUUGUACACGCGAUUUUCCUUUUCAAAACGGGGGAUUCCACUCUUCGCGUCGAGCUCGAGGUUCGAUUUUUCCUUAUUUUCUACACCAGGGGGCUCUUGCUUUUUCAAAUAUCUGUCGAUCUUCCUCGUCUUUGGAAACCAAAAGGUUUCUGCGACCUGUGUGUCCUCUCGGAUCGAAAUCAAUGGCGCUUUGAACAAAGAGGUUAAAUUCGAAGAAACAUAAUAUCUUUAAGCUUGACACUGGACUUGCGGUGCGCUUAAGAUGAUUUCCGAUAUUAAAAGUGAAAUGAUUGGUUUCGAAAACGUACCACAAGCUUGGAACUGAUAGGAAAAGCGAGGUUCAAGAGAUUAUAAUUUUGGGUUUUGAUAUUAGCUUGCGACGAUCUUGACUCGCUUUGUUCGACCAUUCGAGCCAAAUAGAUCAGUACCAGCUGGUAGACAAUUAAAAACCCGUAAAAACCUCAAAGAUCCCAAGCGUAUCGUUUCAGUUGUCAGAGACGCUUAGGGCAUUUUUUUUUUUAUCUUUAAUCCGACAGAGCUUUAUGUCGUAUUUCUAAGGUGUAACGAAACAUUUUACCACUGGUAAAUGAAGAUUCGAAAAUUGAUUUCAAAUUUUCUUGUGUGGAUGCAAAUAAGGAUUGAAUAACAAUUGGCAGGUUUCUCAAUGUAAAUAUUUAUAAGUCGUCUUUAGUUUUAUGGUUCAUUCCACGGUUUUUUUGAAAGUACUCACCGGCAAGAAAUUAUCAGAUGGUGGGCCACAAAAUUCUCUAAGAAACAAUGGCGUUAGGCUGAUGGCUGUGGUAACCGGAAUAUAUCAUAUUCUUUCCUUUUUUUAAAUUAAUUUAUUUGGAGCGCUUGCGUCCAUAUCGUGACAACUGACUCACUGUUCACAGCUUGUUACAUAACAACAGUAGGAAUUAUUUUCUUACUUAUAAUUUUCAACUGGUGACCACAGCUGACGUCGGAAUGUAAAUCACCCCAGGUAACUUAAAUGAAAGUCAGCAAGAUAAGCCCUCUAUUCGAAUUUUGCUAACUUCAACGUAGACAACGGCUUUUGUUGCGAGAUAAAUCGAUUCAUGCAACACUCCUUCCAAGAGGCAACUAAUAUUGACCAUAAUACAGCUGCUUGUCUUUCAACAGACGCCUUUGCCAUGGGGCCAUAUCUGCAGUAACUGCCCUUUUUCGGUGUGAUUUGUUUUUAUGAUUCCGAUUCCCACAUUGUUUUUGGGAUUUUGAUCAUUUUGAUUUCUCUUAGACAAAGAUGUGUUUUCUCGCAAAUUGGGUUAUUAAAAGCCCCACCAUCAAAGAAGGUUGAAAAUUAUUUGUCAGCACUGUCACUGCUUCCCCUAACCUUUUGGCCUUGCUGCGCUUUUUUUUUUUUUUCGUUUUCUACCAAGUUAACUAUGAUUUAAAGGCUCUGUUUGUAGGGCUUCCGACCGGUGAUGCUUAAGAGAACUCUGUUAUAUUUCGCCCGUAACCAAGUUAGUGUACUUAUCAGAAGCGAAAUCGACUUUGUUCUCAGACACGUGAGAGGAAACGUGAGAGGAAACGUGAGCAUUUUAAAUCACUCUUGGGUAUCACAGAAGGAAAUUGAAUUAACACGCAAACUGAAAUAACAUGCAAACUAUAUGUGGUAUUCCUCUAGAAGUAUACAUUACCUAUCUUACCUAAUGUACCUAUGAGGAGCGAAAUCGCCUUUGUUCUCAGGCACGUGAGAGGAAACGUGAGCGUUUUCUGAAAGGUGUCACAGAAAGAAAUUAGUGUUAACUUACAAACUAAAAUAACAGGCUAAUUGCGCUAUCCCUAUAAAAGUAUACAUUAGUAAUCUUACUCAGUGUACCUAUCAGAAGCGCAAUCGCCUUUGUUCUCAGGCACGUGAGAGGAAACGUGAACGUUUUCUGUAAGCCGGUAUCACAGAAAGAAAUUAGUGUUAACAUGCAAACUAUUGCCGCUAUCCCUAUAAAAGUAUGUAUUUUCUUAAAGUUUACGAAAGAAUGAUUUCGGAUAUUGAAUAAACAUUCAGUAAUUUUGAAUAUUUAACAGAAUGGGAACUUUUUUUUUCACACCUUGACGUUAAGAUGAGUCUAUUUGAUGACGCUUUUAAACAUGGUUAGUGCGCUCGACUCCGGAUCGGGUGGUCCGGGUUCGAGCCCUGGCUGGGGUCAUUGUGUUGUGUUCUUAGGCAAGAAACUUAACUCUCACAGUGCUUCUCUUCACCCAGGUGUACAAAUGGGUACCAGCAAAUGUGCUGGGGGUAACCCUGCGAUGGACUAGCAUCCAUCCAGGGGGGAGUAGCAAUACUCCUAGCCGCUUCAUCCUAAGAAAACCGGAGUUAAGCACCGGCCCCAUGGGCCACUUGGGCCCGUAUAAAGGCUUUUUUUUUUUUUUUUUAAACAAAACAUUGACUUUUUUCAGCUAUAGGAACGUGACCUGAACAUAUUGGAUUAAAAUAAAGCAUGUAUGGGAUUUGUACCUUGACGCUUAUUCUUUGAUCUGAUUAUUUUAACUUCAAAGAAACGCUUUUGAGCAAGGUUUUUACUAAAGACACUUUACCUCAAAAAGUAAGAAAAGACUCAAAAAUCCCAGAUUUCCUGUUAGAGUUCAUUAUAUUUCUGACAAUCAACCUAAUAUCGGUCGAGAAUAAAUUCUUAAAGGUUCAUGAUUCAAGCCAAGGAAAAGUGACUUAAAUUUUUUUUCGGUGUUUGUUGACAGAAUGGUGAUUCCACUGCGCCUGUGAGCCUGUAAUGCAAUCACAUCAAUCUCGUACCUUCCCUUCUCCCUGAUUGCAUUUUGCCUUAAAUCUCUUAGAGUGAAAAAAAAAAAAAACACCCAAAUAUAAUUUUCAGAAGUUGAUAUAUCUUUAUUAUUAUCUAUUUGUUUAUUUAUUUAUUUUGUUUGGAAAGAUGAUUGUUCUCCACGCUCGCGCACAUGCGCAUUAAACAUUAACCGGUAUAUUUUCUUUGACAUGAAUUAGUGACGUCGAUCACUUUUAUGACGUCACAAUAGCCUUUUCAUUUCGUUACUUUACUCGCAGUUAGUUGUGGUUGACAUGGAUGAAGGAAGCGAGGCUCCCGGCAAUGGCGGCAAGACCGCGAAAACUCUGACAUGCGUUAUAAAAGUCUCUCCUUAUCAAGAUAGCUGUUGGUCGUGGCUGGUGUGUUUUGCCGCAGUCUUGUCAAAUGUUAUCAUUUGCGGAUUCACGUAUAGUUUUGGUAUCUUGUUUCCUGCUCUCUUGGACGAAUUUCAGCAGGGGAAAGCUAAAACAGGUACGCUAUGCCUUAAAUUAGUUAAGGAGCGAAGAGGCGAAUCUACGAGCGUGUGAGAAAGCCUGUGUUGUGAUUAGUGGGGUGAUUAAAAGCUGGAAAUUAUAACCAGCAAAUGUAAGCACCGAAAUGAUUGUUGAACAAGACCACCAGGGAGGAAGGAAAUGAUCGAGAUGCCGAAACAAUAACGCAGCCAGCUGACCGAUUUCAGGGUUUGCCUAAUGAUUCACAAGCUGGAUUUCCUUAACUUAACUCAAUAAACAGGGGAAGGAUACUAAAUUUACCUGUUACGUUAUUGAUUAUUCGUGAAUACAUUUAAGCAGUGCGUGUUUUUCUUUUAAAUUUUGACAUAUCUGGACUAAAUUGUUACAGGACGUGGUGUCAUCCACCUCUUUCUGGGAUCUAACUUGUGAUUCACAGACUGAAUAAAAUUCUUAUUACGAACAUUUAUCAACAAUUCUCUAUGUUCUUUCUCUAAUUUGCAAUUGCGUGUAUGAGUCUUAUCAUUAGUUAUGAUCCAAAUCCUUCUCUCCUUUUUUUACUCUUCAGCUUGGGUAGGCUCAAUUGCCAUGAUGGGCGUUGGACUUUUUGGACCUUUAGUCGGAAACCUUUAUCAUCGUCUGGGUGCGCGAAUUGUGACAUUUUCCGGGACAAUAAUUUGUGCGGCUAGUCUCAUUGUGACGUCAAAAGUGACGAGUCUCUACGUCAUGUAUUUUACUUAUGGAUUUUUGUUUAGUUUUGGCUCCUGUGGUGUAUUUAUACUGACCUACAUAAUGGUACCUAAGUACUUUACAAAGUGGCGCUCGCUUAGUUUGGGUCUAAUUGCCAUGGGGCCCGGUGGAGGUUUGUUUAUUAUGAGCCCAAUUGUGCAUGAGCUCUUUAAAGCGUUUGGCUGGAGAGGGACAUUUUCAGCAAUGGCCGGUAUUGUAGUUGUAACAAGUGCUCUGGCUUUUGUUUAUAAACCAAUAGCCGAGUCUAGCAAAAUGGAACUGAAUUCACAGCAAAAGGAGAACAACAAAUUCUGGGACAUUUCAAUCCUCAAACACAAAGAAUUUGUUCUCUGUACAACUGCCGCUGUCUUGUUUUACACCGGGCACUAUACUCCAACAGUCCACAUGGUAAGUUUCAAACCAUCGUGAUCACAUGGUCAAAUCUUCAUUAGCCAAGUGAGGUUGAAGUAUAUCCCACGUAUUACUUCAAUAGAAUGCAUUGUAGCAUAGUAUUGUGUCGAAAAUUUAACACUCGUUUAAGCGGGAAAAAAGAUUUUAAUCACUUCGCCAAUGUUAAAGAGCAACGAAGGGAUAAUAGAGUAUAAAUAUUAAUUUUGUGUGCAUCGCUUUAAAAUCAUUUUGGUGAGUGAGUAGGGUUACACACUCCUCACCUCCUAUAUUAUUCCUGAAGUAAGUUUUCAUUGGCCUGUUUCUUUAGGAAGUCCUGUUUGCUGAGCUGACCCAGAGCCAUAUUUUAAUAUCUUGUUAUAAUAAGGAGCCGGAGAGCUGGUCAUGGCUUAAUACCCGUCCACUGAGUUUCUUUCUCGGGUGGGAACGUGGCAACAAAAAUGCAAGCGCAGCACAAAAUGUGGCACGGUGAACGUGUAACGAUUUUCCUUCUGAUAAAAGAUCUUAUGGGAAAAAAUUAACAUUAAGGCCUUGUGUAAGAGGUAAAGACCUCUGAAACCUUUAAUUGGCUAUCGGCUAAACCUGCGCAAGAAAACACUGAGCUAGUAUCAAAUGAAAACGACGCGUUAUCAUGGACGAUGAACCCUGAUGGCCCCUAGAUCUGUAAAUACUUAUUUCUCUCUCCAUUUCAACAGGUCCGUUACUUGGAGGAGAAGGGAUCUACAGAAGUGACAGCUUCACGUUUAUAUAUUUACAGCGGAGUAGCUUCCUUACUAAUUCGACCUGUGAUUGGUCGGUUAAAUGACGUUUUAUGGAUAAACAUGUUGUACAUCUAUUCUAUAGCCGCCAGUCUUGAAGGGGUCUCCACCUUGCUGUUUCCCAUGGCAACAACGAAUAUGCACUUUAUAAUCUACUUCGUGGUAUAUGGUUUAGCCGAUGGAACACUGGGUUGUGGUUUUGCCAUAGCUGUGUUGAAUAGUCUUCCAGAAAGGUUAAAACCUCUCGGAUUCGGGCUUUACAACUGCCUUAGCUGUAUAUCCUCAGCUUGUGGUCCUGGUCUGGGAGGUAUAUCAACUUUCAUUUAAUUUUAACACUGCGUACCAGAGAGGGAAAAUGAGGGAAAAACGAGGGAGGUUCUUGGUUCAGACCUCAGAGUAAUAUGUCAAUUCCAUAUAAGUUGUUAAUAAUUUCGGGAACGAGAGUGUGUGUCGUUUUCUGAGGAUUCCUCACGAGGCGAGAAACAUUUACUGAAAAACUAGUAUAAUUUGGUUUUAUCAUUUGACUUGAUAGUGUAAAUUGGCUUCCUGUAGAGUAUCAAAUCUGACGAUUCGAGCAUUGGUCUCUCACCAUACGCUUUGACGAAUUGCUAAUGUUCAAACGUCAGCUUAAGAAACUUUUUUGCGGUGGCCAAUUUGCAUCGUAAACUCGGUCUGGUAAAUCUAAACCAUCUUGUAAUAACCCCUCCCUGAUGCGGCACCAUCGAGUUCCUUUAGAAAUUUACUCCCUCAAUUCAUUUAGUGAAUAGUAGGCAAGCGAGCAAAGGCUAAAAUGCUUGUAGCGACGAUCUCGUGCGUGCAUGCCAAUGUGAAUGUGUACCAUAAUGCCCUUUGUAAUCAAACGAGAACGAUUUAUUUUUCUUAGUUAUGUUCUUUGCUAACAAAUCCUUGUUUAUUUGCAUUUACGAAUUUUUUUUCCACAAACACUUGCGUCAAGCCUCGAGUCACCAUUUCCAGCUACAUCGAACAUUAGAAAAACAAUGCAAGGCUUAAAUUCCAUGAGGUUGUCUGUCUAUGGGCCAACCUGGCAAUCACCUGAUGUUCACAAUAACUCAAAGGCUGAGGGUUAACCGUUCGCCAUAAACAGUCGAAUAUUGAGCCGUUAAGCUUAAAAACUGACACUAUUAUAACUGUCCCCGUAAAAAAAGUUACCAACAUAGCCUAUCUACAAAGUGUUAUUUUAAGACGGUCAAAAUCUUAGACUGUUUCAUGUACAUCAUAUUUCUAUACUUGGUGAUAUUGUUACUGAAUAAGUAGGCCACAUGCUAUAUAUUGCUUCUUUUUGCUUUCUUAUCUCAGAAUUGGAAGUAAGCGACUUGUCUUAAAUGUUUUUAUGUUGUUUUAUUUUUAAAACGAUGAAAAUUAAUUAUCAAAAUUUUAAAAUAAGUUGGAAUUAAUUUUUAAAAUUCUGAUUACAGUUAUGUUAAGAAAUUAACCGUUAGCCGUAACAUUUUGACCGUUACUGUAAAAGCUACUACCUCACCAAGAUACUCAAUACACAUUGGAGAAGUUCUGGGAAUUCUACGUUAUAUCUUUGAUAUAGCUGUGAUUGGCUUCUCUUGAUGAAUUUGUUAAUUUGUUUUCAAAGGUCUCGUGUCCGACUUUUAGACUGUUAGCCGCUAAAAUCAUUACUCUAUUGAUACCUUCAUUUAACAUUGAACUUAGUGCUAAGUAGCCUAGGUUAUACCUUUGAUAUAGCUGUGAUUUGCUUCUCUUGAUGAGCUUGUUUAUUUGUUUUUCAAAGGUCUUGUAGCCGAUAUCGAGGGUUCGUACACCCCAGUAUUCUACAUGGUUGGUGCCAUAAUGCUAGCGGGGUCAGCUAUAAUGUUUGCUGUGUCUUGCAAGAGGAAACCCCCGCCUGAAAAGCUGGUCGAGAAGGAGGAAGUGACACUGUGGGAAUCGCUGAUUGUUGUUGAAAAGUGCUCUGUUGUUUAAUUUCUUGUAUCAUUGAUUGGGGCUUGAUUGAAUUGUAAUACAGGUUGGGGUAGAGUGCCAUCUGAGUAUAACCUUACCUGUGGGUGCUCGAACUGCGUGAUGAGAAAAGUGUCGCAAUUAAUGUUUUAAUCACUACCAACACUUCAAGGGAAAUCCUAAGAUUUUGAAGGAAAACAUGCUAGAGAAAUGGUUGGAAGAUUCAGGCGACUUACUAGAAAACUGUCUAUUGACCCUCACAAAAACGAGAACAUUCACGUUUAAGAAUAAAAGAGCUUAGUUUCUAAAGAAACCACGGUGUGCUG